UGAUUCCUGUCAGGGCCCCUUGGCAGGAAUGUGUUUUUCCCUGGUCUUUCACAGGUUUAUAUGUACUAAUAUUCAUAAAAGAGGAAUUUUCAAAUUUGUAUUUUUGACUAUCAUAUUGUAUCUAUUUUUCUAAUUAUGCAUAGGUGGUGCAGUUCCAAAGCGAUAUCAGGUGCAUGAAUUAGAAGAAAAUUUACCUGUGCCAAAAUCGACUCGUUACAUGUGGCAGCUGAAUGAAAAUCGACAAAAGGCUAUCUCGAGAGAAGGCAAUGACACUACUCGUCCUCUUGAACAAACUGAAAACAUGACUGCAACCACAACAAUGACUGAUCAUGAAAUAGAGGAAUCCCAUUUGACUGAGGGAGAAAACUUCUUAGUCCUAGCGAAUACACAGGAUGAAGUUGAAGAAACUGUUGUUUUUGAAAAUAUGGAUGCUGAAUUAGUAGAGCCCGAAACAUAUAACGCCAAUCUUGAUGUAGUUGACAUGGAUAUAGAGAGUGAUUUAGAUGUGUCUUCAGUAUUUUCAGAAAGUAGUAGUGACCUGGAUGAACAAAGUUCUGAUGGAGUUGAACAAGACAGUUUCCAACAUCUAGCUAGUCCUCCACUCUAUAUAACUCCACCCUCAGAAACAGUGACGAAUGCAAGGCUUACAUACUUUGAACAUUUGUUGACUGAACUUAAAAAGACGGCUGACCAGACAAGUAUUUUAGACAUAACCACUGGAUCAGAAUACUUAAAACUGAAAUGUGAUGGACAAUUUUUGGAUCAUAAAUGUCAAAACAAUAUCACUAUGAGCUGGAACACAGAUGGAAUUCCACUUUUAAAUCAUCAAGUGUGUCCCUUUGGCCUGUAUAUUUGACGAUGAAGGAGUUGAGGUGAAUGGAGAAGUCUGAUCACUGCUACUCACAGGUACAAUGGACUUACAAGAAAGGGCUUAUGUACUGAAUAUGACCCAGCACAAUGGGAAGUAUGGAUGCCUCUACUGUCUGGAAGAAGGUACGUCUGUUGUUUCUGGAAAAGGACACUGUAGGAGUUACCCAUACAGAAGUCAGCCAACGAGAACUUCCCAGGAUAUCCGUCAAGCUGUUGAGGAGGAGGCUGUUGCUACAGAAAAACCAUGUCAAGGCUUUUUUGGCAAAUGUGUACUGAAUUGUUUACCAUUGUAUUCUGUAGAGAAACAUAUAGUCAUUGACUAUAUGCAUGGUAUUCUCCUCGGAAUCGUUAAAAAGCUACUAAGUCUAUGGUUCGAUGGAAACAAUUAUAAAGAGGAAUUCUUUAUUGGUCACAAACUUGAUGAAGUAGACAAGCUACUGAAGAAGAUCAAACCACCUUACGUAAUAUCGCGUCUCCCUAGGAAGCUUAAAAACAACUAUCAGAAAUGGAAACCUUCUGAGCUCCGCUCUUGGCUGCUACAUUAUAGUCUUCCCUGUUUAUCAGGCAUUCUACCAGCUGUGUUCUUGGAACAUUACUCCUGUCUUGUAGAAGGUAUAUACACACUACUCCAGGAAAACAUUUCAUUGCCAAAAAAAGAAAGAGCUGAACAUCUUCUUUGCACAUUCUACCAGCAUGCAUCAGCUAUAUAUGGAGACCAUUUCCUGGGCAUGAAUGUGCAUAAUGUGAAACACUACACUACCUGUGUGAAGAUGUGGGGCCCACUUUGGGCCUACUCCUGCUUUGGGUAUGAGUCAUGCAAUGGUGACAUCUUAAAAAGUGUUCAUGGGAAAGGAAAUGUGUGUGCUCAGAUCUUCUGGGCAAUGCAAGCUCAAAAAAUGUUGGAAAAACAAACACAUGUUUUGCCAAAAGGGGAACUUCGUUCCUUUUUACAAAAACUCACUACAGGAGGUACGAAACGUAUGCCAGCAACAACACCAGCCUAUAAAUGUGAUGUGGUCCCUCCUGUACUUGAUUUGCAUGUCAUACAUAAUUCAAUCCAACAGCAGUUGAAAGUCUUUGACCAAACUAUUGACAUGCAAGACCUUGGUAAGGUAAAAAAAUUGGUUAAGAAUGAGACCAUAUUUUACUGCCAGCAAAUAUCAAGGGUGAGACGAAGGAAUUCCUAUAUGGUAAUGCUAGACAAGCCCUUGGAUGAUGGCUCAAAUAUACUCAGUGUAGAUUACUACAUUUUGGACAGAAGGAGAUUAAAAGUAUUUGCUGCAGGAGCAGUGUAUACUGAAGUUAGAACAGUCAUCCCUGGAAGGGUACCACACAUACAACAGAUUAGAAAACAGAGGGAUAAUGUGGCUGUGCCAGCUCACUGGAUGAAAGAACUUCUUGUGUUCAUAAACCUGAAAGAAGAUCAUGCAUAUGUCUCCAGAUUUCCCAACCUUGUGGAGAGAGACUGAGAUGGACCACACAUUUCUUGAUAGUGACACACUAGCUGCAAUCACUCUGACUGAAUAUCCUUCAUCAUGAUCACUGUUGCAUGGAAAACUAAUAUAAACUGAAUCGAGAAUCCAAAAGGAACAUUUAUCAUUGAUGUACAUACAUGUAGUUAGUUUCUAGUUAUAAUUAACAUUUCCAUUAAAUUGUUAGUCUGAACAAAAAUGACUGACUUGGGAACAAUAUUGUCGCCCUCUUGGACUUGUUAUAUGGAGAAACAACCUAUAAUUUGAUUACCAUGACAACACAAUACCUGUCUUCAAUGGUUGAUCGUAAUUUAGAUAUUGUUAAAAAUAUAUACAGUUGUAUAUUUUUACAUUAAAAUUCUGUUUAAAGAUUUCUUCCAUUAAAACAAUAAGAGAAAUCAAAGAUGGUUGUUUUUAUGUAUAAUUCAGUUCUAUAAGGUUGGUGAAGUCUUAACCUAAAUUUUUCUAAGUCCUUAUUUCCACAGG